AUGGGCUUUGGCGAAGGAGUAAAUACUGCUGCUGUAAUUCCUUUUGGGAGAAGAACGGACGACAACUCAAGUUUCCAAGGUCAAGGAGAAAAUUUCGGACGACAAGAACCAAGGAGCGGUUUUGGCAAUGACAGCCAACCAGGAGGCUCUCGUAGAUUCAAUGACGACAGUCAAGAUCGUGAAUUUCGAAGACAAUCAGAUGAUGUUCGUCAACAAGAAGGCAAUGGCCGUAGCAGAUUUUCAGCACCUAGGGAAUCUGAGAGAGAAAACAGCCGUCCUUUCAUAAGAAAUAGAGAAGGUUCUGGACAACGUAAUGAGCGUUUUGGUGGUGAAGUUCCUGCCUUUGGUAGAAGUAUGAUGAAAGGAAAUGAAGACGGUUUCGGCAGUAACCCUGGACGGGAUAAUCGACAAGAUGGAUACAGUCGAGGGUAUCAAUCAGAACGUAGAAAUAGAGGAGACUCAUUUUCUGAAAGAGAUGAUGAUUGGGGAAAUGACUGCAGGAAGAAUGUCAUCAGAAGUUCAAAUUACACCAAUAAUCGAGAUCGUCCUUCGAAUAGAAGAGAGUAUGACGCAGACGGGAGGGACCGCAACUCUCAACGAGAAACUCGUGACUACUUUCAACACGAUCGACGUGAGGGAAGAGGUCUUCGGUCAGAUGAUCCUCGUGAGUAUCAGAACAACGGAACAGGAUUCAAUCGUAGGGAAGCUUUUCAAAAGCAUGGUUUCAAUGAAUUCGGACAUCCAGAAGCGGGGCGAGGCUAUAAUCGCGGAGUUUCUGGUAGUGACAGCUUCAAUGACAGAGGAAGACCAUUAGGUGACAGUCGAAGGCGCUUUGAUGAUGAUGGCUUUGCUAGCAGGAAAGUAGAACAAAAUCGAUAUGCUAAUGAUCAAUACGACGGUGACAGAAACAGUGGUGGUGGGUUUGGUUUUCAACGAGAGAAUAGCGGAAUAUUUGAAAGGAAUCGAAGAAAUUCACCGACUGAUCGUAGCCGCAGAGGAGGUCGUAAUGAAAUAGGCUUCCAGCCGAGACGUGAUGACCGGUAUGCUGAGGACUCUUACGGAGACAAUCGUUACGGUGAUCGGAGCCGUGGUAGUCGAAAAGAAUUCAACAAACGAGAUGAUGGUGGUGGAUUUGGAAGUGAUUUUGGUACCUCAAGUGGAUUUCGUGGCGAUCAAAAAAGCUCUCGUUACGAGAGAAACAGAGGAGUUGGAGAAGGCAAUAGCUAUGAGUUUGGCUCAGGAUUUGGCGGCCGCAACGACUCUUCCUUUGGGUUUGGUGGUGGUCACUCUUCUGGCUUUGGAAGUUUCACAAGAGCAGACCGAGAUCGACAGGGAUACAGGGAGUUUAUCGCUGGUGGAACGGGAGUUGAAGAAAAGAAGCGCGCUCCAAGAGACUGGAAUCCUGAAGUGAAUUCGAUUGAGACGUUAUUUGAACGUGAUGCACUGAACGCAGAACAUUUUCAAAAAGACCAAGAUGAUCCUGUCACCACCGAGGGUGAUGACGAGAAUCUCCAGAUUAGCACAUGGGAGAAUAGCGGAUUACAUCCCCAGCUAAUCAAAACUUGUUUGGAGAAGUGUAGAUACUCCUUCGUUCGCCCUAUUCAAGCAGCAACAAUACCACUGAUUCUACGUGGCAAAGAUGUUAUGGGCCAUGCGGAGACGGGUGGAGGGAAAACAGCAGCAUUUGUUCUGCCUAUCCUUCAUUAUAUAAUGAGUCUGGACGAUAACGCACGCGAUAGUAGAGGAGGUAAAAUUCUAGCCUUAGUUGUUGCCCCGACCCGAGAACUAGCGAAACAGUUGUUUGAUUCGUUUAGAAAGCAUGCCUUCGAAACGGAUGUAAAAUGUUGCGUUGCGUACGGCGAAAUACCUAGGUGGAAGAACCUAUCAGAUAUCCACCAAGGUUGUGAUGUUCUUAUCGGAACGAGCGGACGUCUCAUGGAUUUCAUUCAAAAAAGAGAUGUGAAUGUGACCAAGGUGAAGUUUCUUGUACUUGACGAGGCCGAUAUGCUCCUCAGAGACGGAAGAGACAGUCAUUUGGAAUCGAUUCUUAGGAACCCAGUAUUUCCACCGGUGGAAGCCAGGCAGACACUACUAUUUAGUGCAACAUUCCCACCGAAUGUAGAGCGGUUUGCUGGAGAAGUUUUGAAAAGGAACUUCGUCAAAAUAUCAAACGGGGCUCGAGGACGGGCAAAUAAUCGUGUUAGUCAGCAGUUCAUUCGUGCUGAUGGAGUGUGCGGCAAAAACGAACAACUUUUCGGAAUGCUUGAAGAGCAACGAGAUAAGCUAGCUAGAGACGGGACUGUUAUGCGUACUCUGGUAUUUGUUGGCACGAAGAAGCAGGCCGAUUUCGUCGCUUUUAUGCUAACAGGGAAAGGAAUAAAAGCAGCUAGCAUUAACGGCGAUCGACCGCAGAAUGAACGUGAACGAGUGAUAAAGCAGUUCCGCGAAGGAGUCGUCACUGUUUUGGUUGGAACAGAUGUCUGUCAACGAGGUCUGGAUAUUCCUGCAUUGGAACAAGUAAUUAACUAUGACAUGCCGAAUGGUUCACCUGAAGAGGCCCGCGACAAGUAUAUCCAUCGAAUUGGACGUACAGGACGGUUGUAUAACGGUGUAGCGAUAACAUUCGUCGACUCAGGAUUUAACGAUCGAGAUGCCAUGAAACUUAUGGUUGAUGUAGCCAGAGAAAGUGGACAGGAAGUUCCACAAUGGCUAGAAGAACUUUGCAAAACGGACAGCUUCAGUCGAGCUGGGUUUGGAGCUGCAGUAGGUGGAACAAGCGGGUUUGGCACCAGCUCAAGUUUUGGAGGAGGCUUCGGUGAAAACAGUUUCGGCAGUGGAGGUGGAUUUGGAGGAUUAGGAGGUGGUUUCGGUGGUGGUGACGGAGGAGGAGGAUUCGGAGAAGGACCGAAGAUGGACAAGCAGGACAAUAAUGCAUCAAUUAACCCUGCUGUAGAAGAAUUGUCUAAUAAAGAGAAAACAAAAGAGGAGAAAAAUCCUGCUGAUGAUGAUGGCGAUGAUGGCGAUUGGUGA